AGAGUCUGAGAAAAUACAUGUUUGCAUGCCAAAAUUACGUCUGGAGUUUAUAUUUCUUAGGAAAGAACUUUUUAUGACUAGAGCCAAGCGAGCGGUUCGAAAUCAAGCAGAGCCCCUUUUAGUCAGUUCCUAUAAAGGUCAUCUUAAAGCUAUAAAUUCUAUAGCCUUCAUCAAUCUACCAAAAAUUAUAUUUACGGGAAGCCAUGAUUACUCCUGCCGGCUUUGGACCCAAGGUGGUCGGUACUUGGGAACACUUGGUACCGUUUUACCAUGGUCAAGGCUUACGCCCUUUGAACGCGCUGGUGACGAUAACCAUUUGUAUCGAAUGCCCCCAGAUAUUAAAAAAGUGGCCAGCUCAACAACUCUAAAGGUAAUUUCGGGAAUACAAGCCGAGACAAGUAUAAAGAUAUCCAAGGGAAAGGCAGUUGAAGAUCGGGAGGAAGACACCGGUCAAACGGAGGAUGCAACUGAGUUAAGAAAACUUCUCGACAAGCCUGUUAAAGAACCAAUAGUGGGAAAGCAUUUCGAAUUACCUGGUCGGUCGGUUUUAGAUCAGCAUAUAGAACUGGAUACAACACAAAGUUAUAUUGCUGUUUUUACGCAACUGAAGGUGCAUUCCACUGAAAUGUUGGAGCGCCUUCCAACGCCAGCGGUGGUUAGCCGUGUCCAAGCUGAGAAUUAUAUGGACCACUAUAUCCCAGUAGAGGGAAAAGUAGAUGUGAGUGGUUCUGCGAUAAAUAUAAAGCAACCGUCACGUCGGCGAUCUGAUAAAGAAAGUGACACGCAUAACGUAAACACAUUAGGAGCCCGGGAUCUUUUACCAUUAGAUUUUAGUUCCAGCCAUGCGUCGCAAUCGUAGUUUGUUCUUUCCUUUAAGUCGUUAACGUGAUGCUUUUCGUAGGUUGAGUAAAUCCUACAAAGAAUGUUAAGGAAACAUAGUAAGAACAAUGAUAAACGAAAGACAAAAUGGGACCACAUUUAUCGCUUUCUGUAUUAACACAUCAGUAUAAACAUAUUAACUCUAUACAAUAUUUCAGAAUUUAUAGUUGGCAUUGAAAUUAGUGCCAAUAAAAAUUUAGGUGUUUU